AUGCACUGCGACGGCUGCUACAAAUCCGUAUCUGCAGCCGUGAAUGCCAUCGGGGGAAUCGAAGAAACCAGCGGAAACCUCAAAGAUCAGACCGUGUGGGUGAAAGGCGUCGCUCCCCCAAGCGCGAUUGUAACGGCAAUCGAGAAUACCGGACGAGAUGCUAUUCUCCGUGGCAGUGGCUCUACCGAUAGCUCUGCUGUUUGCAUUCUCGAAACACACGCUAUCAAUGUCUCAAAUAAAGUCCGCGGUCUGGCUCGCAUGGUCCAGGUCGCUCCGAAGAUGACUCUCGUUGAUCUGACUAUUAAUGGCCUUGCUCCUGGUCAGUACUCGGCUACGGUGCGACAGACGGGUGACAUCUCACGCGGUGCUGAAUCUACCGGUGGUAUCUGGGAGGCAAUCAAAGAGAAGCUUGGUGGCGCCAAUGCCAGUCCAGCGGAGACGACGCGGGGAAUAUUUGGCCAGGUUAAUGUCGACGAGAAGGGUCGUGGCAGUGUGUUCAUGGAUCAACCUGUGGCGAUCUGGGAGUUGAUUGGACGCAGCAUGGUCUUGUCAAAGAGCAUUGAAGGUCCCUUCCAGCGCCAAGACGAGAAUACUCUCGUCGGUGUUAUUGCCCGCAGUGCGGGCGUGUGGGACAAUGAUAAGAUGGUUUGCUCGUGCUCGGGUAAGAAUGUCUGGCAGGAACGCCAGGAGCAGGUUGUCAAUGGCAUGGCUUGA